UUUUUUUUUUCUAUGUGUAAUUUGAAUAUUCAUUCUAAUUUUUUUAUCUAAAUUAUUAUCAAACACAUGCUCGUUUAUUGACAUUCACUUCUUCAAGAGUAGUGAGUAUUCUCUGACACUUGAGUAAGUCUCCACAACAUGGAUUUUCUCUCUUAUGUCUUCAAAUCCCAGUAAAUUAAAAUGUAUUAGUUUUUAGGCUCAAUGUUAAAAAGUAUAAACAACUUGAGCUUGCCUAUGAAACAUCAUUUUUUUCAACACACCCACAUAUUAUGUACUAAUGCACCAUCAUAAAUAUAGAACUAUAGUUCUUGAGAAUUAAAUGUAUAAAACUAUAGUUGAUUCAUCAUCAACACACCCACUUAUGAUCUCCAACAUUUUUUUUACUCUCUAAUUUUGUGUUUUUUCUCCCUUUUUGUUUCUACUCCAAGAAAGCUAUUCCACCUCUCCAAAUUCAACGGUGCGCUUUGUUUUGUUCCAUUAUUUUUUUUUGUGUUGUGAUCUUUUUAAAAGUCAUAUCGCAAUGUUUCUGUUGUAGUUAUUGGUUUGAAGUUUAGAGAAUGGGGUUCAUUAUUCUAGGACUAGGAGCAGAUUGGGUUAUUGCUUUUAGCCUCUAGGUUUUUUAAGGAUUUGUUACUUUUUGCUGUACGGGAUUAUUAUUUUCGAUUUCUGGUUUUCGACGGGUCCCCUCGAGGUCCACUCGUGUUUGCUCCCAUCAAAUUUCUGUGCUGGAACACUUCAAUCCAUUUAUUGCAGCUUCGGACAUUGACCGCAUUUUUCAGAUAUUUUAUUAUGGCAAAAAGAAGACGUGUGCUUUCAACGGAAGAUGGCUCAGACGGCCCUGUGACAGCUUCAAGACGUUUAUUUUUUAGUUUACCUCCUCCGUCUGUAACUGAUAUGGCUAUGCCAAUUAUCUUUGACCCUGAGUGUUCGCAUGCUCCAGCUACUGAGUCGAGAAGUUUGCGAGAUGAGACUUCACAAAAAAGAAAGAGGCGUGUUCUCGUUGUUGACACUGAUGGGAGUGUUCCACUCUCGCAAGUGACAGGCUCUUCUUCUAAAAGUGGUCAAGUUUUCUUUGGCCCAACAAAUGCGAUCCCUUGUUCCAUAUUGUCAAAUGGCUGCUUGCGCCGAUUGGGUUCCGAUGUGACGCAACGGCCUUUGUCUAAUAAUGUUAAUGUUUCACGGUCUAAAUGUUUAUCUAAAGCUUCUUGUGGACAAAGGCGCUCAAAACGCCGCACAUCAACUUCACGCUCGGCUAUGCAAAAAGAUAUUGAGAUGUUCAGAAGAUUAAUUGAAAUACCCAAUAAGGCUUAUGAACUACCACAUAAAGACCCUUGUCAGCAUUGUAAAGCUAUUCGAUUCGCUAAUGAACCUCCCGCAUUCUGUUGCGCAUCAGGUAAAAUAAAGAUGCAGUUGCCCAAAAUGCCAGAUGAGUUAUGGAACCUCUAUGUAAAUGAUAUGACAACUUUGGGGGUCGAGUUCCGUCGGCGUUGCAGGACAUAUAAUAAUUCUUUGGCAUUCACAUCUAUUAAGAUGACUUAUGAUGAAGCUUUGGCUAAAGUUAACAAAGGGGUUUACACCUUCAAAGUGCAGGGUAUUGUUCGGCAUUAUAUCCAUGAACUAACACCCAAGGAUGGUGUCCCGAGGCAUUUGCAGUUAUAUUUCUAUGGCACUGAGAGAGAGUUGGAUAAUCGUGUAUCUCAAUCUGAAGGAUUAGACCGUGUUAUAGUUUCAUUGUUGGUGAACAUCUUGACUAAUAAUCCAUACCAUAAUUUCUUCACCAAUUUGCAAAACAAGGAUGACCUGGAUAGUUAUGCUAUAGUGUUGCGUGCCAAUCCUAAACUUGACCAACGUGUUUAUAAUCUUCCAGUAGUUGACCAUGUUGCUGCAGUUUGGAACGAGGGUGUGGGAACAUCUAUGGAACAACCUCGUGAUAUUAGGGUCAACCUAAGAUCAGGUGGUGUUCGCUAUGUGCACUAUUACUAUGGAUGCUAUGAUCCUCUCCAGUACUGUCUAAUCUUUCCGUAUGGCGAGCCAGGUUGGUAUGCUGGAAUACCCAAAACUAUUGACAACGUUGAUUUGAAUUUGGACCAAACUGAACAAAAUACUGAAGAUCAUGAAAAUAAUACUGUUGAUCCGCAUAGGCACGAAGAAGCUGACACCCUACUUGUUGCCGAACAAAAUAAUUUGUUGAGGAAUUUCAAAACUCCUUCAUGUGUUGCUAUGAGAGAAUAUUAUUGCUAUCUGUUUCAAAUACGCACCGACGAUAUAACAAAUAUCCUUAGAACUGGUAGAGUAAUUCAACAAUUUCAGAUUGAUACUUAUGUUAAGAUCGAGACACAAAGACUAGAUUUUUUUCGUCAUAAUCAGUCAAAGUUUGAAAUGAGGGCUGAAUCGUAUCAAGGGAUAGUUGAGAGUAUAACAUCUAAUGGUGUUAUUAGUGCAAAAUCUGUUGGUAAGCGUGUUCUUCUUCCUAAGACCUUUACAGGUGGCCUGCGUGAUCUACGUUGUCGUUACAUGAAUGCGCUGGCACUUGUCGCGAAAUUUGGACACCCAGAUAUUUUCUCACAAUGA